ACCAAGCAAAGAGGCCCCCCUCUCGCUCACAGCCUAAUUCUUCCUAUUUGAGCAUGAACAUUAUUUUUGAGUAGAAAUUCUUGUCGAACAUCUACGUAAAUUUAUUAAAUUAUCAACUGCUGUUUCUAAGGACAUACGUGAAUGAUGGCAUCACCCUCAGAGCUUAGCCUCGACUGCAAGCCCCACAGCUAUUCCAUGCUUCUAAAAUCUGUGGGAGAGCAGUCUGACCAGGCCCAAAAGCUUGAGGAGUUUCUUUCUCGUCUUGAAGAAGAAAGGCUCAAGAUUGAUGCUUUCAAACGGGAGCUUCCACUUUGCAUGCAACUGCUUACCAAUGCAAUGGAGGCUUCAAGGCAGCAGCUACAGUCCUACAGAGCUAACCAGGUGCCAAAGCCCCUCCUUGAGGAAUUCAUUCCUCUCAAGUAUCCAAGUUCGGAAGGAUCAGAUAAGGCGCCAACCAUGUCUGACAAAGCAAAUUGGAUGACAUCGGCACAACUAUGGAGUCAAGCAAGUGAUCAGGGAACCAAACAACAAUCCCCCGUGACAUCUCCUAAAGGAACUACCGAUAUUGGUUUUGGUGCUGUCAAUCCUAAGCAAGUUUUGGACAACAAGCAGAGAAACGGAGGAGGAGCUUUCCAUCCAUUUUCCAAAGAUAGAUCAAUUUCCUGUCCAUCCCACGCUUUAAGGGCAAUCCCGGAUUUGGCCCUUGCUUCUUCUCCAGAUAAAGAUCAUGCGGGAGACAAAAAGAUCAUUCCGGAAAGCGAUUUAAGGAGAGAAAGUUCUUGUAGGGUUAACAGUGGCAGUGGAGUAGUACUGGAACAAGGCAAAGGAGCUACAACUGGUCAGGCUGAUUCUCAAACAAAUAGCAAUCCCAACACUACAAGCAGUCAGACCCACAGGAAGGCUAGGAGAUGCUGGUCCCCUGAUCUGCACAGGCGAUUUGUUAAUGCACUUCAGAUGCUAGGUGGCUCCCAAGUGGCCACCCCAAAACAAAUCAGGGAACUGAUGAAGGUUGACGGCUUGACCAAUGAUGAAGUUAAAAGCCACUUGCAGAAAUACAGACUUCACACAAGAAGGCCUAGUCCAAGUUCACAAGCUGCAGUAUCUGCACAACCCCAGUUGGUGGUUUUAGGGGGCAUAUGGGUUCCGCCAGAGUAUGCUACAGCAGCUGCCGCCGCCCAUGGAGGAGCACCGGCCGCCCUUUACGGCGCACAUCCAACUACCCAUGCAUCGGCUCAUUACUGUGCCACCCCAGUGCCCCAAGAAUUCUAUCCUGCUCAAACUGCUCCACCUCAGCCACCCCAUCACCAGUUGCACCACCACCCUCUCCACAACCAGCUCCAUGUCUACAAGCCACCCUCACAGACCCAAAGCUCUCCUGAGUCUGAUGUCCGCGGCAACGGCGACCGGUCGGAGAGCAUCGAGGAUGGCAAGUCGGAUAGCAGUAGCUGGAAGGUUGACAGCAAUGGUGAAAAUAAUGCUGCUGAGAGAAAAGUUUUGGUGCUGAGAGAAGACGGUGAAGAGAGCAAUGGAAGUGAGAUCACUCUUAAAUUCUGAGUUCUGACAUUUUUUUCUGGCUGAUUAGAACUAUUAGGAUUAUAGUUAAUCAGUAUGAUUCAGAUUAGAUUAGAUUAGAUUAGAUCUAAAGCUUCUAACUGUUGAUGAUAAUUGAUAAGGUCCUUUUAGUAUUGUACUGGACGUGGAGAGGAGGGUAAAAGUGGCAAGCAGUCACCAAUAUUUGCUGGGCAUAAACCGAAAAAGUCGAGUAGUUGUUUGUUUGUUUUGUCGAUAAUUCCAUUCUAGUAUGUUUCAGACUCUCGAUGUCCUGUCAACAACAAAAAAUGUGCAGAUUGGAUUUUUAAC